GUUUCCCCCCCCCUUUCCCCUCAGCUGUGGAGGAGAGCGGCCGCGAAGAGCCAGACCUCGCCGCAACAUGAGGGGGGAAGCCGCGCCGCCCUCCUCGCCUCCGCUCCCCUGAGCCCUGACAAGAGAGAGGGCGGGUCUCUCUCCUCGUGCCCCCUCCCCAAUUCCGGACGAGGCGGUGCGCGCGUGUCUCGUCUCCCCGCCCCGGGGGAAGCGAUGAGCCAUGAAGGCGCCCGGCAGAAGUUCCCUGCGGCAACCGUGCGCCGCCCGCCCCUCCGCCGCCGCCGCCGCCUGCUCGUCUCCCCCCCUGCCCAGCUUGGCCCACCUCUUCCUCUGGACCCUCCUGCUCUUCUGCCCGGGAUGCCCGCAGAGUUGGGGGGUCAUCGCGGCCACUGCUCUGCAUUGGAAUGAAACCAUAGGAAAUAUAGAAAGAACACCGGCAGAUGAAGAUGCCGCAUUUCAACAAUCUAACAGUAGUAGCAGUAAAAAUAACAAUCACAGCAGUGCAUUCCAGAAAGAAAUCACAUUGCCUUCAAGACUUGUCUAUUAUCUUAACAGAGACUCUGAAAGCCCUUAUCAUAUAUUGGAUACUAGAACAAGGAACCAGCAAAAACACAAUAAGGCUGUGCAUCUGGCUCAGGCAAGUUUCCAGAUUGAGGCCUUUGGCUCCACGUUUAUUCUCGACAUCUCAUUGAAUAAUGAUUUAUUAUCCUCUGAUUAUGUGGAGAUUCAUUAUGAAGAUGGAAAACCGCAAUAUUCAAAGAUUUACAAGGAGCAGCUGAACACCAGGGUGGUUUUGGUUGCUGUGGAAACCUGGUCAGACAGGGAUCGUAUCACCGUUCGCCCCGACCCAAGGCAGAUGCUUCAUGAUUUUGCCCGAUAUCGACAGCAGUACAUCAAGCAGCGUGCCGACGCUGUUCACCUUCUCUCGAAUGUGACGUUUCACUACAAAAGGAGCAGUCUGAGUUAUUUUGGAGGAAUUUGUUCUGUGACUCGAGGCGUUGGUGUCAAUGAGUAUGGCCUUCCUUGGGCAAUGGCGCAAGAACUGUCCCAAAGUCUGGCUCAGAAUUUAGGAAUACAGUGGGAGCCGGGAGCCAGAAAACCAAAAUGUGACUGCACAGAAUCUUGGGGAGGAUGCAUCAUGGAAGAAACAGGGGUCUAUCACCCCAGAAAAUUCUCAAAGUGCAGUAUUGCAGAAUACAAGGAAUUUUUAUCCCGCGGGGGAGGAUCCUGCCUUUUCAACAGGCCAACAAAGUUGUUCGAUACCACUGAAUGUGGAAAUGGGUACGUGGAACCAGGAGAAGACUGUGACUGUGGGUUCCAAAUGGAUUGCCGUGAAAACUGCUGUAAGAAAUGCUCACUGUCUAAUGGAGCACAUUGCAGUGAUGGGCCGUGUUGUAACGAAACCUGCCUUUUUUUUGCACGAGGAAUUGAAUGUCGUGAUGCAGUGAAUGAGUGUGACAUUGCAGAGAUCUGUACUGGGGACUCUGGCCAGUGCCCACCAAAUCUUCAUAAGCAAGAUGGAUUUGCUUGUGAUUCAAAUCAGGGACGUUGCUACAGUGGAGAGUGCAAAUCAAGAGAUAAUCAAUGCAAAUACAUUUGGGGACCAAAGGCUUCAGGGUCUCAUAAACACUGUUAUGAGAAGCUUAACACGGAAGGUACUGUGAAAGGAAACUGUGGAAAGGAUGGAGACAGGUGGAUUCCAUGCAACAAACAUGAUGUGUUCUGUGGAUUAUUGCUUUGUGCAAAUCUUGACGGAGCUCCACGAAUUGGUCACCUUCAGGGAGAAAUUACACCAACUUCUUUUUUCCACCAAGGUGUAGUAGUUAACUGCAGCGGUUCUCAUGUACUUUUAGAUGACGAUACGGACUUGGGUUAUGUGGAAGACGGGGCUCCCUGUGGUCCUCAUAUGAUGUGCAUGGACAGAAGGUGCCUAUCCAUCCAGUCCUUGAACAUAAGCAGCUGCCCUAUCGGGGUUAAUGGAAAAGUUUGUUCAGGGCAUGGGGUAUGCAGUAACGAAGCUACCUGCAUUUGUAAUAAUACCUGGGCAGGUAUGGAUUGUAGCAUGCCUGAUGCUAGAAGAAAAGAAGAAGUAGAAGCACCAAAUGGACCAAAGGGUCCUAGUGCCACCAAUCUUAUAAUAGGUUCCAUCGCUGGUGCCAUCCUGGUGGCAGCUAUUGUCCUUGGGGGGACAGGAUGGGGCUUUAAAAAUGUCAAAAAAAGAAGAUACGAUCCAAGUCAACAAGGUAUCUAAGGAACUCGCUGGAACAGCUUUUCUGUGCAUUACUGGAUUCAGCAAGCCUUCUGGAAGCAUUUGUUGUAACUGUGUAAGAAAAUACAUCACUGCAUAAGAAAAGGAAGAGAGAUGAUUUACUACAAAACCACAGAUGGAGGUAUUUGCAAAAGGGCUGGAGAUUCAUGUCCACCCCUCUCUCUGUUUCUGGAAUGUUAAAGAGAGAUGAAAGACAAAUGCCGUAACUAUGAACUAUUUUGACUUAAUUUUUUUCUAAACCAAGAAUGGAGCAAACCAACCAAGUGCAAUAAGAGAAAACUGUUUGAGAACACUCAAAUAGCUGAAGAGUUUCUUAACUGGUAACUUGAGUCCGCAUGAUCUUUUUCACAUUAACGACAGACUCUAGUGGCAUGAUAAGCUAAUUUUUUGAAAUGGUAAGCUGCAUGGCAUAUAUACGGCAAACAAGCUAGCAAGCUGGCCCUGAGCAAAAUCUGCAUACGACGGCAGUAAAUCCAAAGCCUAGAAAAGCUGGUUCCGGGUUCUUGUGAAAUUGCCUCCUACCAGUGCAAAAGGCUCUGCUCUCUGAGCUCUGCAGCGCCCUCCCCGACAAGUGUAUUCCUCAUCAAUCUUGUUUUGUUUGGAGGCAAACCUCUUCAGGGUGUGGCAGAUCAUGCCAUGGCAAAGAAUAAUUUUAAAUAUUCAAAAUAAGAGAUGUUUGUCCUGUCAUACUCAGAUAUACACAUUUUCUUAAAAAAUUUUGUUCUAUGAAAAAUCUUUCUGGGGGUUUAUAAAGCCUUUUCUUUAAUUUUUUUUAAAUUCUCCCCCUUCUUUUAAAAAGGCGUAUAUCAUAUGCGGAUGCAGGGAGUUCCAGAGACACGAGGUGUGCUUUUUAAUUGUGUAUGCUUGAAACCAAAAAACGACAACAACAAAUCCCAUCCAAAACCUAUUAAUAUGUAUAAAUGCAUCUAUAUGCAGUAAAUUUUCCUCUUUCCAAAUGCAUUAUUUGCUGUCAUGCAGAUAUUUUGUAUAUAAUGUAAGUUGACACCCUUUCAGAUGAAUCACAAAAGUGCCAAGCUUAUAACUUUUGAUUUUUACCAUCUAUUUUCCUUUCACUAUCUUGCAUUGUAUGAAAGGAAAAGAAGCCUAAAUAAGCCUUAAAAUAUCCAUUUUUAACACUGAGAGCUUUUAAAUAGGUUAAGGCUUUCCCGCGUGUUGUUUUAUACCCCCCCCCCAUCGUCACCCCCAGAUUAAGUGUGUAAAAGUUAUCCCAAGAUCCAUCUCUCGUUUAGUUUCUCUGUGUAAUGUAUUUCAAAGCACAGCCUUGAAUGUUUCUUCCUCGACUACUUGUGGUUACUUUUCGGGGCUCAGAUACGUCUGGAUAGCACUGCUUCACGCGUCAGUGGAGUUGAGUGGAGUAAUAAAAUAAACUUUUCCUCCUCCUUGAGCCUCGGAACACUUCCUUGUCCUAGUCAGGCAUUCCCUAUCCAGUGUCCAUGAGAACAACCAACAGUGGUUAAAUUGGAGCACCGGAGUGACUAGGCUUGUGUAAAGUCUACCUGUGCUGAGGAAGUCGUGGGGUGGGUGGGUGGGGGGGUGUAUCUGUGCCCUGCAGAUGGCCAAAAUACUCUUUAGCAUCCCGCUGCUGGAAGUUCAUUUGCCGGCUAUCUGUGUAUGCUGGGGAGCCGGGGGUCAGAUCCAACAAAGCACCAACAGUAAAGGCUUGCCAGCCGUUGAGCUUUCCCGCCACAGCCUCCUCUCAGCCACCCCCACCCCCACCCCGAGACCUCCAAAAAGCUGACGCUGGAAGUUGUGGGACCUGUUUGGACGAAACAACACGGGGCUCAUCAAGGAGGGUGAGCCAGGGGAAAUCUCGCCCUUGCCCAAGGGAUGCUGGAAGAUCAGGAACGCUUUGGCAGUUCCCUCUUUUCAUAGCUACCCCACAGCAGGCCAAGGGCCUUUUUGUCCAUGGAGUUCUUGUGACUUCCAGGGUCAAACACCUUUCUGGAGAGGGAAGGAAAGAUCUGCGAGUACCCUUGCUUUCGAGCGUCACUCCAUCUAAUACAGCGUCAGUCGAGUCGUCCUGCAUCUCAGCAGCCAUGAUUUUUUUUUAAGUAGCCGUUCCUUUAAGUUCUUGCUGCAUUCAGCCAGUGGGAACACCCAAGUACAGCAGCGCCCAAAGCUCCGCAUUUGCAGCCGGUGUGCUCAUUCAUGUCAGAAGAUUUCUUGCUUAACAGUGUUUUUUUAAAAAAUUUGUAGUCUCAAGAGCCAUGUGCAGUUCAGAGCUUUUGAUUUCUAGGAUGAAUCAACAAAUCCUAUUGAUGUUCUUUUCAGGAUGUAUAAUAAUUUAUUGUUUUAGGAUCAUUUUUAUAUUGCAUAAUUCAGAAUUGUCUACAAAAGUUAACAACCCGUCACAGUUUUAAAGGUACCUGUUGAUUAUGCUUUCAGGCUUAACUGUAGAAGUUAAAAGACAAAACAAUAUGGAUCAGUUCUCUCUUCUUCUUUUUUUACCUCAUGCUGUUGGUUUAUGUAUUUCCGGUGUUAUCAUAUUAGCCUUUCCUGUAGCAACUGUCCUAUAAUGUUGUGGUCAAGAUGCCAGAUUUUUAGCUCAUAAUCAUCUUUCACAAUUGCCAUAAAUUAUAAAAAAUUGUGGGCAUGUUAUGAGUAAAAGAUGAAACGGGGGUCUGGCUGCAUUUAUUAGAAAACUCCUAGACCAUAUAUCAGGGGUCUGCAACCUGCGGCUCUCCAGAUGUUCAUGGACUACAAUUCCCAUCAGUCCCUGCCAUAGAUAAUCAGCUGUCAUAACAAAGACCUAAACUUCAAUCCUUUUUGAACCUCGGAGCAAAAUUGGCUCAGUCUCUGAAAGCAAAAUAUAUAUUUUGAUGUACUCCUUUAUAGGGUCUCUUACUUAUAAUAUGAUACAGACAAGUAAAGCUAUUUUACUUCACAUCCCUUUGAUCUUGGCUAUAUUUGGUAUAAUAAUCUCUACUUAGGUGCUAAGGUCUCCUGUUUGGUUCUGUUCUGGGUCCGAUGUGGUAACCAUAGUAGACAAACGCCAUUCAAUAUGAUUACAAAAAUCAGUUUGUACAAAAACAAAAUUUUGAAAUAAUUCACAAAAACAUUGUAAAUGUGCGAUGUGAUGUUUUUAAUCAGACCACACUGGUCCCCAAUUAUGUACAUACGGUAAAUGUUGGUGUAACUUUUUGUUACACCGGCAGAAAGUUUCAUAAGAAAUAUAAGUUCCUUGUCUGAAUUUUUCCUCUGUUCUUCAGUUGUGUAUGUGUGUGUGUUUCAAAUACACAAACUUAAUGUAUAGAAUGUAAAUGACCACGCAACCACACAACUCACAGAAGUGGAUUGUAAUGUUUUCUGUGAUACUAGAGUUAUGUCAUCAUGCCUGUUGAACGUGGAUAUUUAUUUUACAAGCCUUCAUUUGCCAUAUUUUGUAGAGUACAUAUGCUACUCAUGGUGUCCUUUUCAUCAUAACACUUAUCAUUUUUCAGUAUCUGGCAGAAUAAAUGUCAAGUUUUCAUUUCACCCUCAGUACUUUUUCUCCAUUGAAAAGGAUUUAUCUUGGCAGGAAGACGUAUGGAAAUUUUAUAUAGCUUAUGUUGAUAUGCUGCAUGAUCCCACUGAAUUGAGUAAAACUCUCACUAAGGGGAAAGCUCCACUACGCAAAUUAAGGAAAAUAUAUUCUAGGUGCAUGUUAAAAAAAUAAAUUUACAUAGAACUGGAAUUUUACAAAGUUUUCUUUACUAUGCAAUGAUAGAUGUUGCACAAAGUUAAAAUUCAAAGACAAAUGUCUGAGGAACUUUACAAAAUAAUACUUGAAUUUUAUUUUUGAUCUAAAAAGCUAUCAAUCAUAUUUUAUAUUCAUUGUUGCUUCCACUAUUAAUCUUCUUUUUAAAUGGUUUGUAAUUAUUUUUAAGUGCACAGUACGACGAACAAGUUUUUGUUUGAAAUUAAUACUCAUCCAUAUCUUGUUGGCUGCUGAUGAAUGGAAAUUCAAUUGUCAUUGUUUUGCAUCUUAGUAAAUGAGUAUUAAAGACUUCAUGAACAUGGAAA